AUGUUUGUAUAUAUUUUAGAGUUCAAUUUUACUUAGCCAUGUCUAAAGAGAUAUGAUGGCAAAAUGAAUCAAAAGUUUAUGAUUAGUCUUCGAAAACAAAGAAAAGAUUAAAUUCUUAGAACCCUUCGAUUAAAUAGAAUCGAGCCUUGUACAGCUUUGUUCAAAGAUGAUGACCUUGACUAAUUUGAAGUAAAACCAUUAAGUUUGUCUAAUUUUCAUCAGAAAUAGAAUAUUGAUCUUAAGCAAGAAAUAGAGCAACUCCUCACUUACAGUAAGUCCAGAUAGUAUACUAGAUUAGACAAGAUUCUUCAAAGAAUAAGAUACAGACUAAGAUAGAUAAAUGAAUCGGAUAUUGAUAUUAGAACUUAAAAUAGAAUGAUCAAUAAGCUAACACAGAUCAUAGUUGAUCCCUAUUAAUCUGUGUCUAUAAAGGAUUCUCUAAACAUUGUUGAGUCUUUGCUAUAACUUACUAAGGCAAGUUAUAACAAUUCCAACUAUGACAAAGUAAACUAAAACAUACUAUGGCUUUUGUGCAAUUUGCUAAUUGACGAUGUUUCAACUUAGAGUUAUUUGCUUUAGAACUUUGAGAUUUUAGGGCUAUUCAAGAUUUACUUAUCAAUGGAGAAAUAUAGACAUGAUCACAUCUGGAUGCAGGUUAUAUCUUGGCUAUUGUCGUUACUAUCAAAGAAAUUCGCACUUAAGAACUAAUUGGCUUUUAUGGAAAUCUAAUAAUUUGUAUUCCUUGCUUUGAAAGAAAGAAGACUUAACUCAGACGUCUAUCAUAGUUUGACUUUGUUUAUCAAUAAUUUGGUUUGUAACAUAGAGUAUGCUACUCUAAAACAUAUGAUCUGUGAAAACCAGCCUCUUUUGGUAAACUUGCUCUAUUAUAUAGACUCUAAGGAAAGUUUCUUUAAUAAUUAGCUAUUCUUUGCAUUGAUGUCAUGUAUCUAUCAGCUAUUGAAAGCUAUUAAAACUCCAGAUGAAUAUCAUAGCUUCAUUAUGAUUAACUUAGUAAAUAAAGAUGUCAUCCAGAAGAUAGCACUUAGAUGGACUCAGCUCAUUGCUUCUGAACCAAACCAUCAUUAACAUCGAAACUUAGCCAAGACUAUGCAUUAUCUAGUAAGGAAAUCGAAGGGUCAGUUUAAACUUCCAAUAUUCAAUUUGAUUCUAGACAAUUAGAGUAUAAUAAGCAUUUUUACUCAGCUUUUGUUAAAUCCAAACCAAAAACUAAGUCAUUACCCAUUCUAGUUUCAAUCAGAGAUCAUGCUAAUAUCUAGGAAAAUGCACUUCUAAGAUGAUAGGCAUCUUGAUAAUUAUCUUGAGCGUUCAAAUAUCAUAGAUGUUUUGACUAAUAUGAUCAGCUAGUAUCAAGUAAUAUCUUCUACUCAAUUGUACUAGGCACUAGAUUUCAUUGUUUACUUUAAUGAACUAUAUCCUCAGGAGUCAACUUAAAUACUCUAGAAUAAUACUAUAUUAAUAGAUUCCCUUCUGAUAAUUUAAAGUCUAGCCAAUAACUAGGAUUGUACUUAGCUAGCAAACAAACUUCUUGAUUAAUUGAGCUAAUGUGAUUCACAAGAUGUUGAUUAAAGCUCUAUUGAUAGUUAAAUUUUUAUGAUAUGA